UGUUUUUAUAUUUUUUUCUCAGAACACACAAAGGAUUGCUAUGGUGACAUGAAAUGGUGGGGAUGCAUUGGCAGCGGUGGCUGCACCUGCUGGUGGUGGUGCACGCUGCGUCAGCACAGCGUGCCGAGCCUACGGCGUGCCAUGAGGACGUUUGCCACUGCGACUCCUUCACCAGGCUGAUAUGCCAUUGCAAUGAACACGUCAAAGAAAUGACUCUGAGACCUGAAGGAUCGUAUCGAGUACCAGAAACGGCCACAGCUAUUAUAAUAGAAAAUUGCGAACGGGUUAUAUUUCUAACGGAAACAGCACGAAAUCUUCUUCUACUUAGAUCAGUGCAGUUGAGGAACAAUAGCAACGUGAUCAUAAGUGAACGAGCCUUGACUUGGUCGCCAUUCUCUAUUGACAACGAGAUGUAUCCAGGUCUAAGAAUAGAAAUCAGCAAUAGUACAGUUUAUGAAAUAGCCCCUCACGCAAUACAAGGACGCGUAAACGACAUAGUAAUAAGGGAUAGUAAUAUACUCAGCCUGAGGCCCUUCGCUUUUUCUAGUCUCACCGGAGUUAAGAAUAUAGAACUUACAAAUAACAUUUUUCACAAUGUUGAAAUACAAGCAUUCAAGAAGUUCACAACGUCGAAUUUCUUGCUGCGAGGCGGUACGGCCAAAAUGUUACCAAGUCGAUUUUUAUCAGAUGUAGAAGUAACUGACUUCUUUCGCAUAGAAGGUGUGACUAUUGAUCUAUUGUCUAGCUUAACGUUUCUUGUUACUUUACCAAAGAGAGUAUUGAUAGAGAAUAAUAUAAUAGAUACAUUAAACGCAGACAGUUUUCAUAUAACUUCAAGGGGUCCUGUCACAUUUAGAAACAAUACUGUUAAGACAGUAGGUAAAGGUGCAUUUCUCGGAUUCACAGUGGACAGAGAAAUAGUAGCAUCGAUGGGGCGCCAGGAGCUCUUAAUAGACAACAAUACAAUGACCACCGUAACGCCUACCUCGCUCUCGUAUAAUCAUUCAACGCUAACACUUCGCAUCGAUGGUUUAAACUUGAACUUAACUUGCACUUGUGAAUUAGCAGAAGCGUGGCGUGAAAUGCUGAAUGCGCAAGGAGGCAUAAUCAACUGCUGGUACGAGUUGGAAGGGCACUACAUGUCGAUCCCUACAUUCAUAGACAGUCGAUGUGGUGCGUUAAAACAAACUUUUUGGAUAUUUGUGGUUGUGGGUAUCGUCCUUGUUGUGGUGAUAGCUGGGAUUGUGAUAUUUUUUAUUGUAAGACGGGAGAAUGAAAAGAAGAAAAAGCUUCAAAUAGUGAUGCCUGAUGGGAAGACAUACAGAGAGACUGAAUUACACAUAGUUGUAGAACGAGCCGAGCUUCUCACUACAAAUUUAUGAUUAUUCAGUUGAAAUUGUAGAAUUACUAAAUAUAGACUUUGCGACGUGAGUAGAAUAGGCCAAAUGGUCCGGCCGUUUCGAGGAAGUUUCAGUGCAGACCAUAUCGCUACCUCAAAUUGGGAUGUGAAGAGUAAAAGUGCCAAAUAUAUUUUAAUAAAUAUUUUAGUAUUUAGAUUUUUGAAACAUGUUAGCGUUACGACGAGGUAUUCCAUUGUUAUUUUUUAAGUUAUUGAUUAAAUUAUUAUUAUAAUAAAA